AUGGCGGGAUGGGCGCGGCAGCUUUGGUUCGCCCACGCGCCCGGGCCUGUCGAUGAGGCCUUUUUUACCGUUCUUCAGCGCUUGUUGGUGGGGAGAACCCCCGAAGGCCCGGGGGCGAAAAAGGCGGCGGAAGGGCUCAAGGCAGCCACCGUGAAGGAGCUCUGCGCGGCGAUGACGCCGCUGGGCGUGCUCCACGUCCUUGUCGAGGCGACACUGGCGAUGCUCAUCGCGAAGGGGUUUGUUGUGAAGGACGAGCCCACGGAGGGACCCGUCGCGGCACCGCCUUCUUCUUCUUUGCGUCGGGUUCGGCUGCGGGUGACCCCUUUUGGGGCUUCUUCCGUGCGCUCUUGCUUUAACGUUGAGGAGGCGCUUUUUGUGCGGGAGGAGUUGGAUCGUCUUCGACGGACCGGGGUCAUUCUCGCGGAUGAUUUGCAUCUUUGCUAUUUUAUGGCGCCCCCGCGGGAGGCGAAGGAGUGCGAUUGGGGGCUCUACCGCGAGCACCUCGCCCGACUCGACGACGAUCGCCAGCGCAUCGCGGACCUGAUUGGCGUGGACGAAUACCUGGUCAACCAGCUCGCGAUGGGGAUUACCCCUCCAUCCACCGCCGCCUCUUUUUCCUUCUUCGCGGCGUCGCUGUUUGAGACCGCGGCGUCGUGCGCGGGGGAGGUUUGCCGGCAGAAUUGGUUUAUCGCCCGCCGCUUUUACCUUGCGAUGAUGCUCGCGGAUAUUUUGUCGGAGGUCCCUUUGGCGGAGGUCGAGUGGCGCUAUCGCGUCCAGCGCGGGCAGCUCCAGGCCUUAAUGCGCUCCGUCUCGAUGUACAGCAGCUCCAUUACCAAUUUCUGCCGCGCGAUGGAGUGGUUUUCCCUCGAGGCCGUCUUGACCUCCUUCAUCAAACGGCUUGGCUUCGGCGUGAAGCCGGAUUUACUGCCGUUGAUGGAAAUCAAAGGGAUCCAGCCGCCGCGGGCGAGGGCGCUGUGGAAUGCGGGGCUCCGCACGCCUUCCCAGAUCGCCGCGAUGGCGAGCCCCGAGGCACUUGUCGAGCGCGUAAAAGUGAUGAACCCGCCUGAUAAUAAAGCCGCGUUAUACUUUACAAAGCGCUCCGCCCUGAUGGUGAUUCACGCCGCGAGCCUUAAACUACAGGAACAGAUUCAGCAGAAAAUGGAUGAGCUCAAGGAACUAAAAGGGAAGCGUUCCUGA